AAUACGUUACAGUGCGUUUUAGGGCUUGCAGUGUGCUUGCCCACUGCUCAUCUUCCAUCUUUAAGUAAAAGCUCUAUUUUCUGGUUUGUGUGUGUGUGUUUUUUUAAUUUCAAUAAGUGCGUCUUUGCUCAAACAUGUUGCUGCUACUGAAAUCAAUGUUUAUUGCCAUUGCAGCAGUAUCGCUUGUUGUAUGCUUACCUACACCAGCACCAGAAAAAUCAUUAGAACCUGUUCAACGUCAAAAAAAACAUGCUGACGCAGGUUAUGGCUCUGACGUAGUCGGUUAUGAUCACCAUUAUGAACACCACCAUCAUGAAGAACCACAUGGUUACUGGAAAAAAAAACUUACAUGGAAAGAAGAAUGGAAACAAGAUUACAAAACUGUAAAGCAAGAGAUUUGGAAAACAACACAAGAAGAAAUAAAAGUUCCAAUAUGGAAAGAAAUUAAAGUUCCAAUUUGGAAGGAAGUGAAGGUUCCUGACUGGAAAAUUAUUCAAACUCCCAUAUGGAAAGAAAUUAAAGUCCCUAUUUGGAAGGAAAUUAAAGUGCCUGACUGGAAAAUUGUUCAAGUGCCUGACUGGAAGGAAAUCCAGGUGCCUAUUUGGAAAGAAAUUCAAGUACCUGACUGGAAAAAAAAUUACGUUCCAGAAUGGGUUAAAGAAUACGUACCCGGAUCAAAACAAUUAGGUAAAGACAAUCAUGGUUGGGAAUAUGUUGCUCAUGAUUUAUGGAAAAAAAUGUUGAUUUGGAAACCAGUAUGGACUAAGGUAUGGAAAACAGAAAAAAAACAAGAAUGGGUAACUGAAAAGAAACAAAUAUGGAGAGAUGAGAAAGUACAAAUAUGGAGAACAGAAAAGAAGCAAGAAUGGAUAACAGAAAAAAAACAGGAAUGGAAAGAAGAAAAAGUCCAAAUCUGGAGGACAGAAAAGAAACAAGAAUGGAUUACAGAAAAGAAACUUGAAUAUAAGACUGAAUGGAAAGAAGUAAAAAUACCCGCUUGGAAAGAAAUACAAGUACCAGUAUGGAAAAAAGUAUACAAGCCAGUGUGGGAAAAAAUCUGGGUUGAGGAAGAACACCAUGAUCAUCAUGAGUAUGGACAUGGAAGCGAUUAUGGCAGCAGUGAUAGUUAUGGUUAUCAUAAAAAAUAAUUUGUAAACAACUUAUUUUUGAUAGGACCAUCAAGAGUUACCUUUCAUCAAAUCACUUUUUAUACCAGCAAUUUGUAAAUAAUUUUGUUAGCUUUUUGUAUUCUAUGUGUUGUCUAAUUUUUUUUAUAAAAUUCCAUUAUACAAAUGUUUA